CGCAGCUCCUCCCGCGGCGGGACACGUGAGCGCCGAGUCCCCGCCCGUGGCUGGCUCGGACUGUGGCCGGGCUGCUGAGCCUGCCGAGCCUGUGCCGACGCCGCGGCUGGGGAGCGCGGGAGCCGCCGCUGUUGGUGUUGAUUUUUAGCUUCUGUUUUGAGGAUGACCCCAAAACAUGAAAAACAGGAAUUUGUAACUGUCCUGGUACGGGACCCUAGGAUACAGAAGGAAGACUCUUGGCAUUCACAUAUAAACUAUGAGAUAUUCAUUCAUACAAAUAGCAUGUGCUUUACAAGGAAAACAUCUUGUGUUAGACGACGCUUUCGAGAAUUUGUAUGGCUGCGGCAGAGACUUCAGAAGAAUGCUGUGCUACUCCAAUUACCUGAACUUCCAUCUAAAACUCCCUUUUUUAAUAUGAAUAAUCCCCAUCAUGUGGACCAUCGUCGACAGGGCCUACAAGAAUUUCUUGAGAAGAUCCUACAAAAUGCAUUAUUGCUUUCGGACAGUAGACUUCACCUCUUCUUACAGACUCAGCUAAGUCCAGAAGAUAUUGAGGCUUGUGUAUCUGGACAGACAAAAUAUUCCGUUGCUGAUGCGAUUCAUAAGUUUGCCUCUUUGAAACGACGUUUUCCUAUUGAAGAGGAAGAGAGAAAAAGAGGAAAAAAUGAUGCAGAUUCUGAUUCAGAGAGUUCAUCCUCCGGGCUUGGACACACCAGUGAUGACAGCAUUUCACAUAGAUGUAAAGCAAGCACAGUCCCCGAAGAAUCCUGAAAAAUCAUUUGUAUAUUGCCAUCUUAAGACCAGCAAAAUAAUGUGUUCUCUCUCAAUUUUCAAACAGCUUUGAAACUGUUUCUUUGUUUGUUGCUUUUAUUAAAUUGCACUGAUUUAUAUUUACAUGUCGCCUACUGUAUUUAGGUUUAUGCAGCCAUUAAAAUCUUGACAAAUAUUGGGCUAUUGUUGCUUUAUUGCCAAGUAUGGCUGAUAAAAUAUUUCCCUGGGUGACGCUGUAUUUUAGAUCUUAAAAAAGUAAAGGUAUUUUACAUUAGUUUAAAAGUUGUGUAUUAAAUUAAAAUAUACUCAAAGCAACUUUGUGUACUUUAUACCAGAGAAGUUUCAUUCUAAACAGUUGUGUAACAUUGGUAAUGAAGUUAUAUAGACCACAGUAUUAACUUUUUAAAACAGCAUGGUGACUUAAGGAAAACAGAAUCUGUACUGUAUUUGUUGCUGACCAUUGAAGAUAUAGACUUUCUCCAAUAUUUAUGGAAAACUUGCUCUUAUCAUGCACAAGAGCCAGAGGCCAACAUUUUCAAACAUAGAUGCCUAAAGUUAGGCACAUAAAUGUGAAAUGAUUUCCAGGGGUGCUGAAAACCUUCAGCUCUCAUGGAAGGUAGCAGGAGUUAUGAUUGCUCCCUCCCUGUGAAAAUCUGGCCCCACUGAAGUCAAUGGGGCAUUUUGCACUGACUUCAACGGAGCCAACAUUUCACUCUCGGUAUCAAACAGAGGGACCUAUGUCUGAAAAUGUUAGCUAAGUUGUUCUAGAUUAACAUUUUAAAGGAAGUGAAACUGUCUUUCCAAAACAGGGCUGCCCGGCGGGGGGAGGGCGGCAAGUGGGGCAAUUUUCCCUGGGCUCCAGAGGGGCCCCCAAGAGAGUUUUCAGCGGCACUUUGGCGGCGGGUCCUUCAGUGCCGCCGAACACACGCGGAGUGAAGGACCCGCUGCCGCAGACCUGCCGCUGCUUCUUCCGCUCUGGGUCUUCGGCGGCAAUGGUCCUGCCGUUCCAUGUCUUUGGCGAAGUGCCCCGAAGACCCCAGGCCCCCUGAAUCCUCUGGAUGGCCCUGUUCCAAAAGGCUGAUAGUCACAUAGCUAUAACACAUUGUUCAAAUAUAGAACGCUAAGCUGUUGGGUACAAACUGAAAUAACUGGAGUUUUUUAUUUCACUUUUACUGUAGUCAACACAUUGAAAUAUUGACUUUUUCACAAAUGGCAGGCCUGGACACGUCAUGGCUAGGCAGCAGUUCUGCGGAAAAGGACCUAGGGGUGACAGUGGACGAGAAGCUGGAUAUGAGUCAGCAGUGUGCCCUUGUUGCCAAGAAGGCCAAUGGCAUUUUGGGAUGUAUAAGUAGGGGCAUAGCGAGCAGAUCGAGGGACGUGAUCGUUCCCCUCUAUUCGACAUUGGUGAGGCCUCAUCUGGAGUACUGUGUCCAGUUUUGGGCCCCACACUUCAAGAAGGAUGUGGAUAAAUUGGAGAGAGUCCAGCGAAGGGCAACAAAAAUGAUUAGGGGUCUGGAACACAUGAGUUAUGAGGAGAGGCUGAGGGAGCUGGGAUUGUUUAGCCUGCAGAAGAGAAGAAUGAGGGGGGAUUUGAUAGCUGCUUUCAACUACCUGAAAGGGGGUUCCAAAGAGGAUGGCUCUAGACUGUUCUCAAUGGUAGCAGAUGACAGAACGAGGAGUAAUGGUCUCAAGUUGCAGUGGGGGAGGUUUAGGUUGGAUAUUAGGAAAAACUUUUUCACUAAGAGGGUGGUGAAACACUGGAAUGCGUUACCUAGGGAGGUGGUAGAAUCUCCUUCCUUAGAGGUUUUUAAGGUCAGGCUUGACAAAGCCCUGGCUGGGAUGAUUUAACUGGGAUUUGGUCCUGCUUCGAGCAGGGGGUUGGACUAGAUGACCUUCUGGGGUCCCUUCCAACCCUUAUAUUCUAUGAUUCUAUGACACAACUUUUUAACCACAAACAUUUGUUAUAAUCUACUUUGCUCUUUAUAGCAGCAACUAUGAGUUGGCUUGUCUCAGAGCCUGUCAAUACAAGGAAGAAACCAUUGAAAAGAUGCAAGAAUAGAAUGGUCUCCUGUGUGUCACCCACUAAAUUUGUUAGUCUCUAAGGUGCCGCAAGUAGUCCUGUUCUUUUUGCGGAUACAGACUAACACGGCUGCUACUCUGAAACCCAUUAAAAGAACUGCUAAAAAAAAAUUAAAGAUGUUUCAAUGUUUGUUUAUAUUUGAUGUUUAACUGUUAUUAAAAACAACGCAGUGGGUCUGAUCCUGUUCCCAUUGAAAUAAUGGCAAAACUCCCCUGGAUUUCAGUGCUGCAAGUUCAGGUUCAGUAUGGAUUUUGUCUCUGACAAAGAUGCGGUAGUUAGUAUCUUUUAACCUGUAAAUUACAGAAACAAUAUAUAAUUAAUUGGCCAGCUAAUAAAAGUUAGUGUGGAUGUGUUUUUAAAUCAUCCAGCUGGGAAUCUGUAUAGUUUUAGAAAGGUGUAUCUUAAGAUCUUGAGGAUAACAUCUCAUCUCUUAGGUAGUUACUCUGACCCAGUUUUCUCUUCAUGGUAGCACUUUCAUAAGAUAAAUAUCUGUUUCUUUUGCUCAGUUUUGUUGAAUUGCACAAAUAUAUCUAGUUGCCAUCUCUGCUUGUGUGUAGAAGAGUCAACAAAAUAUUUUCAUAUCACAGCACUAGCAUUAAUUAAAGCAACAAGUUAUCAUGGCAAGAUAGCUGCUAUUGCAAAGUGCGGACUUUUUUUGGAAUAUGUUGCCUCAUUGAUAGACUUAUUAUUUAGCAAAGAUGCCCAAAACAUCAGUGAAAAAAUCUUGAAAUGAACAAAAACUGAGAACUGGAAUAAUUUUUAGAGAAGGAAACUAAUUAUCACUUUGUUUACCAUACUAUUGGGGGUUUGGGUUUUUUUUUUUUUUUUAAUGUUGAGCUAGAUCAUUGAAUGCACUUUACGCUUUGUGGCCUGCUAACACACAUUCUGACUGUCUGUUUGAAAGUAAAACAAAUGUAAGAGUUGGAGAAUCUUUGUGACUACUUUCUAUAAUUCAGAGAUCUUGUCUUUUGUGUAUUAAAGAGAUUUUGCAAAGCAGCCUGUUUCAGUGAUAAAUACUUGGGAUUCAUAAUAAUUGUAUUGUUAUUAACUUUAUCACACUCUUCACAAGUUAUAUCUGUGCUCUAAAAUCUAUUGCAUUACCUUCUUCCUAUCCUGCAUGGAAAUUAAUUUAAAAUGUUACUCUUUUGAGUUCUCUGUAUACCUAUUAUUAGUGGAAACGUUCAUGUUAAAUGAUAAUGAAGAAUAUUCUGUUCUAGGGUUUGUUAUGUAGCAAGAAAAAAUUGUAAACAUUGUAAAUGUUUUAGGAUAUGUUUAUUUUGUGAAAUUUAAAUAUAAAACUUCUUAAAAUUUU